GGUUCUUUUUCCGAAUCAGGGAAAAGCUUUUGUUAACGAAAAAAACCGAACCGGUGGAUGACUCUAAACUGCAGAUGGGAAAAUCACGGAGGAGCCAAGUUUUGCGGCACCCAAAAACUCCGAUGAAUAUGAAACACACACAACCACGCAAACCUAUAUUAACAAAUUAUCGCUGAAGGCUGAAGAGUUUGGAAGGCCGUCGGAGGAACACAACCACCGAUUGAGAGUGCACCGUCGUCUCAUCUUCAGAGACUACGGAAGCACCGAUAAUAACACCGAUGAAAAUUUCAGGACAGAAUUCGAGUCAAUAGAAUGGGCAACAAAAUUGCAAGAACAACCCAAGUCUCCGACUUGGAGUUCUACCUUCAUGACCUACCUUCCAGCUACAAUUUGGUUCUCAAAGAGGUACUUGGGCGAGGUCGGUUUUUGAAGUCGAUUCUUUGCAAGCACGAUGAGGGCUUAGUCCUCGUCAAGGUUUACUUCAAACGAGGCGACUCCAUCGAUCUCAAAGAGUAUGAGCGCCGUCUCUCUCAGAUCAAAGAGAUUUUCCUUGCCCUUCCCCACCCUCACGUUUGGCCAUUCCAGAUUUGGCAAGAAACAGAUAAGGCAGCCUAUGUGUUGAGGCAGUACUUCUUCAACAAUUUGCAUGAUCGCUUAAGUACUCGACCUUUCCUCAGUGUCAUUGAGAAGAAAUGGUUGGCAUUUCAGUUACUCCUUGCAGUCAAACAAAGCCACGAGAAAGGAAUUUGUCAUGGUGACAUUAAGUGUGAGAAUGUACUUGUUACUUCUUGGAAUUGGCUCUACCUUGCUGAUUUUGCGUCAUUCAAACCCACUUACAUUCCUUAUGAUGACCCCUCGGAUUUUUCCUUCUUCUAUGACGCUGGUGGAAGAAGGCUCGGUUAUCUAGCACCUGAGAGAUUUUAUGAGCAUGGAGGUGAGUUGCAGGAUGCACAUGAUGCCCCUUUAAGGCCAUCUAUGGACAUAUUUUCUGUAGGGUGUGUAAUUGCAGAACUUUUUCUGGAGGGGCAACCAUUAUUUGAACGCUCUCAGCUUAUUUCUUAUCGUAGAGGACAAUAUGACCCGAGCCAACAUCUUGAAAAGAUCCCAGAUUCUGGAAUCCGCAAAAUGAUACUUCAUAUGAUCCAGCUGGAACCAGAAUUACGUCUUUCUGCUGAAAACUAUCUGCAGGAUUAUGCAAAUGUUGUGUUCCCCAACUAUUUCUCGCCAUUUCUGCAUAACUUCUAUUGCUGUUGGAAUCCUCUUCAUUCUGAUACAAGGGUUGCAUUGUGCCAGAAAGUUUUUCCCAAGAUUCUUGAGCAAAUGACAAGUUGUGGGUCAAGUAGAUUGACUGGUACUGAAAAAGGCUCACCCACACAUAACAUGAGUGGAUGGUCACAAGAUAUGAAUAUGAAACAGAAUAAACAUCUGAUAAAGAUAGAGAGCACAGAAAAAGGACUACCACGUGAUCAAUUUGAACUUCUUGGUGAUGUUGAUACUCUGUUCAGGGAUGUAAAGCAGAAUAAUUAUCGUUCUGGUCCUGAACAGCUGCUGGAGGAAGAAGCCACCAAGAGUAUUACUAACGGUGGAGAUCAGUCUCCCGGUGAGCUGUUCCAUAGCAUCUCCAAUGCAUUCAGGAAAAAUGACCACCCUUUUCUGAAGAAGAUUACCAUGAACAAUUUGAGUUCACUGAUGUCCAGCUAUGAUAGUCAAUCUGAUACAUUUGGCAUGCCUUUCUUACCAUUACCUGAAGAUAGCAUGAGAUGUGAAGGCAUGGUUCUUAUUGCCAGCCUGCUUUGUUCCUGCAUACGCAAUGUCAAGUUACCACACUUGAGGAGGGCAGCUAUACUUUUGCUGAGGUCUUCUGCUUUAUACAUUGAUGAUGAGCAUCGCUUGCAACGAGUACUCCCUUAUGUUAUUGCCAUGCUCUCAGAUUCUGCGGCAAUUGUUCGUUGUGCAGCAUUGGAAACUUUAUGUGACAUUUUGCCUUUAGUGCGAGAUUUUCCUCCGAGUGAUGCAAAAAUUUUUCCUGAGUAUAUCCUUCCAAUGCUUUCAAUGAUUCCUGAUGAUCCAGAGGAAAGUGUGAGGAUUUGUUAUGCCAGUAAUAUUGCCAAGCUGGCACUGACUGCUUAUGGAUUCUUGAUUCACUCUAUAAGCUUGAGGGAAGCAGGAGUCCUCGAUAAAUUAAGCAUAUCACAGAAGCCAUCAGCUCCGAGCAGUGAGACAUCUGGACAACUUGGGAAGCUACAUGGUGAUGUCCAGCUUGCCCAACUGAGAAAGUCUAUUGCAGAGGUUGUUCAAGAACUUGUUAUGGGUCCAAAGCAAACUCCUUCCAUCCGGAGAGCACUUCUAAAGGACAUCGGUAAUCUUUGCUGUUUUUUUGGCCAGAGACAGAGUAACGAAUUUCUCUUGCCUAUCCUUCCUGCAUUUUUGAAUGAUCGAGAUGAGCAACUGAGGGCAGUGUUCUAUGGACAGAUAGUGUAUGUUUGCUUCUUUGUUGGUGAAAGGAGCGUGGAGGAGUAUCUUUUACCAUAUAUUGAGCAGUCCUUAAAAGAUACUUCAGAGGCUGUUAUUGUUAAUGGAUUGGAUUGCUUGGCUAUUUUGUGUAAAAGAGGUUUCUUGAGGAAGAGGAUAUUGCUUGAGAUGAUUGAGCAUGCUUUUCCAUUGUUAUGUUAUCCCAGUCAAUGGGUAAGAAGGUCAGCUGCUACUUUUAUUGCUGCUAGCAGCGAGAGGUUAGGUGCAGUUGAUUCCUAUGUUUUUCUUGCUCCAGUUAUACGGCCCUUCCUUCGUAGACAACCAACAUCUUUAGCUUCUGAGAAAGCCCUACUUUGUUGCUUGAAGCCUCCAAUCUCCAGAGAAGUAUAUUAUGAAGUUCUAAAAAAUGCCAGGAGCUCAGAUAUGCUGGAAAGGCAAAGGAAGAUAUGGUACAACUCUUCACCUCAGUCUGUAAAUUGGGACAGUAUAGAUUUACUCAAGAAAGGAAUGGGAGAGUUAAAUUUAAUGAAGAGCUGGCCAAGCAAACCUCAAAGCUCUGAUGGUCAAAACCCUGCCAAUGGUUUAUUCUAUCCCCCAGAGCUAAUUGAUGGUGAUAAUGGUAAUGAAAAGUUGAGAGGGAUUAAAACUCCUGCAUCCAUUGUGUCAAGCAAAGUUGACAUUAGUGAUCCUGUAUUCUCAGAGAAGUUGCAACUCUCGGGCUUUAUCUCACCACAAGUUAGUGGCGUCAGUAGUUUUGUUCUUGACAAAACAUCAGAAGGCAUUCCUUUGUACUCCUUCAGUUUGGACAAGCGGGAAACAGGGUUUCAUUCUGCGGCUUCUGAUUCUCCAUUAGAAUUGAAUUCUCUAGAAUUUGAUUCAUCAUCCAUUCCUUGGAUGGACCCUGUAAAUAAAUCAUUUAAUUUGGCUAGCUCAGCUCCAGCACCUAAACUUGUUUCAGGGUCCUUAUGCAUUGGCAGUGGCUCUAAACAGUUCUACAGAGUGGUUCAUGAGCCAGAUGGUAGAGAAAGUGAUCAGACAUCCUAUAUCAGUAGUAAAUUGCAGGAGAUGGGAUCAUCGAAUACACUCAAAGGAAGUUCUUCAAUGACAGAAGAUGUUCCCUCUACAAAUGAUUUGACAGCAUCACCAUCUUUUACAAGAGCAUCACCAAUUCCAGACUCAGGAUGGAGACCCCGCGGUGUGCUGGUUGCACACUUGCAGGAGCAUCAUUCUGCUGUCAAUGACAUUGCUGUUUCAACUGAUCAAAGUUUUUUUGUUAGUGCAUCUGAAGAUUCCACUGUAAAGGUAUGGGAUUCAAGAAAGCUGGAGAAAGAUAUCUCGUUUAGGUCAAGGCUAACUUAUCACCUGGAGGGAAGUCGAGCACUUUGUGCUGCUAUGCUCCGGGGUUCUGCUCAAGUUGUUGUUGGUUCUUGUGAUGGUUUGAUUCAUAUGUUUUCUGUCGAUUACUUCUCCAAAGGUAUUGGCAACGUUGCCGAGAAGUGUUCAGGUAUUGCUGAUAUUAAAAAGAAGGAUAUCAACGAAGGUGCAAUUAUUACCAUGCUGAACUACUCUACUGAUACCAGUCAGAUGGUUAUGUAUAGUACGCAGAAUUGUGGAAUACAUUUGUGGGACACUAGAACAAAUGUCAAUGUUUUUACAUUGAAAUCAACUCCCGAGGAGGGAUAUGUGUCAUCUCUUUUGGCAGGCCCUUGUGGAAACUGGUUUGUCUCUGGGUCUUCGAGAGGUGUGCUGACACUUUGGGAUCUGAGGUUCCUCGUACCUGUGAACUCGUGGAAAUAUUCAGUUUUGUGCCCCAUUGAAAGGAUGUGCCUCUUCGUGCAUCCUCCAAAUACUUCUGUUGCUACUGCUGCGAGGCCCCUAAUUUAUGUUUCUGCAGGCUGUAAUGAAGUUUCCCUCUGGAAUGCAGAGAAUUGGAGCUGUCAUCAGAUAUUGCGGGUGGCAAGUUAUGACAAUGAAACUGAAAUGUCUGACCUACCUUGGGCCCUGGCUAAACCAUCAAGCAAGGGAAAUCCUAUGCAAGAUCUAAGACGCAAUGUUAAUCCAAAGUACAAAGUUGAUGAGUUGAAUGAACCUCCCCCUCGACUUCCUGGCAUUCGCUCAUUGCUUCCCUUACCUGGCGGUGAUUUGUUGACUGGGGGCACUGACUUGAGAAUACGUCGAUGGAACCAUUUCAGUCCGGACAGAACUUACUGCGUCUGUGGACCAAAUGUGAAGAGAAUUGGAAAUGAAGAUUUCUAUGAAACUAGAUCUAGUUUUGGUGUGCAAGUUGUGCAGGAGACUAGGAGACGACCUCUGUCAACAAAGUUGACCACAAAGGCUAUUCUCGCUGCUGCUGCAACUGAUUCAGCUGGUUGCCAUCGGGACUCCAUUUUAUCUUUGGCCUCUGUGAAGUUGAACCAGAGACUCCUAUUAUCAGGCAGUAGGGAUGGAGCUAUUAAAGUUUGGAAGUAAACAAUACGAGUAAACUCUCUGAUUUCCUGUACAUACUUAGGACGAAUGCUAAUUAUAAUUGCACAUGUUGUUAGGCUAAAAAGAUUAGUUUGUAGCAAGGUAUAUCAGCGAGCUGUAAUGUCUUCCUUUUAACAUAUAUUGGAUUAUAUGUUAUAGGCGUUUCUUCUUUGUACAGCAUCUGCAGUGAAGCAUAUAAAAAAGGAAAAAUUAUCAAUUGUUAGAUUUAUAAUUCUUCGGUAUUGAUAGUGCAGUGAGUAUUAUUAUCAUUUCAA